ACACUGGCGGCUGUCAUCAGAGAGCGUGGAGGGAGGGCGCUGCCGAGGCUGAUUUGCAUCUGGCCGCCCAUUGGCCUAUAAAACCCCGCCGCGGCUGACAGCCUCUUCUCUUCUGGGGCUGGAGGGGGAGAAGAAAGCAUCGCCGUGCACCAGCUCGCCGCCCGUUUGGUUUUUGCAGCUUGAUUUUUGCAGCUUGAUUUUUUUGCAGCCUCGGCGUCUGGUUUGAAAAGCGACCGCGCGGGGGGGCAGCCAUGAAAGCCAUCAGCCCGGUGCGAGCCGUCAGGAGCUGCUACGGAGCCGUCUGUUGCCUUUCCGAGCAGAGCCUCGCCAUCGCCCGGGCGAGCAGCGACAAGAGCCCGGCUCUGGAAGAGCCCAUGAGCCUCCUGUACGACAUGAACGACUGCUACUCGAAGCUGCGCGAGCUCGUGCCGGGCAUCCCGCAGGGCACCAAAGUCAGCCAGGUGGAGAUCCUCCAGCACGUCAUCGACUACAUCUUCGACCUGCAGAUCGUCUUGGAGGAGCAGGCGGGGAAAGGGCACGAGCCCUCGGCCGAGACUUCGCUGCUUUCGUUCAAAGCGGCUGAGCUGGCCUCAGAACUCUGCUCAAAAGACGAGAGAAAUCUGUGCCACUAACGCCUCCCUCAACAGACUGCAGGUGUGCGAUCCUGACACUCGGUUCUCUCCAAUGCGGGGGAAAAGAAGAAAGCUUGACUGGAGAAAAGAUCAGAAGUUUAACCCUUGCAAUUCAGUAACAGAGAAACUGCUUUAUCUUCCAGAGAAUUGGACUCUGAGACAGGAUUGCACGUGGCAAUUUCAGAUGCCUUGUCUGGGUCUUCCAGUAACAGCUUUUAAUUUUUUUUUUCUGAUUCCCCCCACAACUUCUAUCUUCCUGAAAACAUAAUCCCAUACAGGGUAGAAGGAUAAAAACGACAAGUUUUUUUUUUUUAAAUCCCUCUUCAUACUAACGCGUGGGACUGCUGCCUUGCACCUAGAGAAGAGAAAAAGCAGGGGUCCAAGGCAAUGUUUUCUGCUGCGGGGCAAAAAACCUCUGAACCAUCUGAUCUGCGUGGCACAUCUCCUCGGGGAGGCUUAUAAGUGGAAAUGCAAUCGCAUCCUUCCAAUGGUGUGACAGUUCUUAAGAUCAUGGACAGAUCUGCAGUUUGCAAAGACAAGCUACCCUUGCACAGAAUGCAGCUUGUGUGUAUCUUUUGGAUUAUAGUUUUCUAACAUCUGAUUUGGGGCGGGGGGUGGAAGAGGACCUUCAAGAAUAUGAAUGAACUGUCUUGGGGUUUUGGCCUCAUGGUUUUUUUAAAAAAAAUGUUGAACUCUAUAAUAGAGAUAACUCGUGUACCUUUUUUUUUGCAGGAAGGUGAAUUUCUGCAGCCAUGAAUUGUACUUGCUUUGUAAAAAAAACUUUUUAUAAAAGUUUCUUACAUAAUA